CAUCGCCGUAAUUUUCGUUGGAUGGACCAUAUCUGAAUUCUGAACCUGUUACCGAUUUUAUCGACCGGCGGCGCCACGACUCGACACUAUAUUUCGCGCGUGAAACAUACGUUCUUCAACGAUUGGCCAGAAUCGCCCUCUCCGAACACGAACUCGUACUCGUCGACUGUUCCCCUUUUUCUUCUCAUCUGUUCACAAUUCUCCUCCUCGACGGACAAUUUUUACUCUCUCUCGCCGGUGAUAUCUCCCUCCUCGACUGUCACUCGUUAGGGUUUUAGCUGAUUAUUGGAAAGAUUGAGUGGAGUAAUCUUGAAUCGUUAUCGGCCCAUCGUAUGCACAUCGCAUCCGAGCAGAAGAUUGGUAGAGAAACCAAUGAAGCUCAAGAAACGAUCUGUCAGCGAGAAAGAUAUUUCCAAUCUAUUACAGAGGUACUCUCCGACGACGGUGCUGGCAUUGCUACAGGAAGUGGGGCAAGUUUCAGAAGCGAAGAUUGAUUGGAACGAGUUGGUUAAAAAUACUUCUACUGGGAUUUGUAAUGCUAGGGAAUAUCAGAUGCUAUGGCGGCAUUUAGCUUAUCGUCACGCUUUACUUGACAAUUUGGACGAUGAGAAAGCACCUUUGGAAGAUGACAGUGACUUAGAGUGUGAUUUAGAGCCAUUUCCAUCAGUCAGCUGCGAAGCUUUAUCGGAGGCUGCAGCGUGUGCGAAGGUAUUUAUCUCUUCUGGUUCUCCAAGUGACUUGAAUGUUCCAAGCAGUAGCACCAUAGAGGCUCCACUAACUAUAAAUCUACCUAGAAGUUACACGUCCGGGGUUCAGUUAGAAAGUGUAGACCCUGCUGGCUUUAUAAAAGGGGCAGCCAUCACGGUUCCUGUUUCUGUUCAGCGACAGCCAGUCCUUACCCCCUCAUCUGCUGAAGGAUUGAAUGGAAAUGGAUCAUCAUAUGGCAACAAUGCUUCUCGAAGGAAAAGAAAACCCUGGUCUGAGGCGGAGGACCUUGAGUUGAUUGCUGCAGUUAAGAAAUGUGGUGAAGGGAAUUGGGCAAACAUCUUACGGGGAGACUUCUUAAGCGAUAGAACUGCUUCACAGCUAUCUCAGAGAUGGGCAAUUAUUAAAAAGAGACAUGGAAAUUUGAAUGUGGGACCCAACACAGCCGGUACACAGCUAUCAGAGGUACAGCUGGCAGCUCGUCAUGCAAUGUCCUUAGCUCUUGAUAAGCAUGUUGGUAGCUUGAAAGCAGCUCGUAUAAGUGGCUCAGCGGGUACCAAUACGCUUGGUAAUGGUAGCUCCCUUGCUGCCGUUGCCACUUCGGAACAACUGCAAGAGAAAUUACAUCAAAGCUCUACUCCGACAAAACCAUCUUCAAUUGGACCAUCAAGUCUAACAGCUAAAGCUCAAGUUACUGCAACCAAGAAGAUGAUUACAAAGUCUUCUUUCGAUUCCGACUCUAUUGUUAGAGCUGCAGCUGUUGCUGCUGGGGCUCGCAUUGCUUCUCCAGCAGAUGCUGCAUCUCUCCUCAAGGCUGCUCAGUCAAAGAAUGCCAUCCAUAUAAUGGCCAAAGUCCCCGCUUCAAGCAAAACACCCACUCCUGGCAGGGGGCCAAACCAUUUAGAACCUCAUCCUAGUAUUAAGACACCCAUCCUCUCUAACAACCCUACGGUCAUGCCAGGUGUGUCUCGUGGUGGCCCCAUAAAGACCAUCUCUCCAACAACUGCGAUGGUAUCGAGCGUACCAACAGACCAGAAUAUUGCUGUUGCCUCUGCUACAGCUGCUGGUCCAUUGUCAGAAAAGGAGAUCAAGACAGUGGAAGAAAUUAGAGGUCGAGGUUUGGGUGAUGUACAAGCUACAUCCCAAAAAGAUGAAGAUUGCCUUUCCAGACGAUCAAUAUCUGAAAGAGUUAAAGAAGAAAAGCCAGCAGACGUAGGACCACCUUUGAAAAAACAAGCUACUGAGACUAGUAAUCGUAGUAGUUCACUAAACAUUCCGAGAGCUGAUGGUGAUAUUAAAGUUGAAACUGGAAGCCAGGUAGAAGAGAGACAAAACAGUAAUACCAAUACGGUUCCUGGUUCAUCAGAUGAGCAAGUAAGCAUGAAUCAAUCACAGGUUGAGAGAUCUAAACCUCAGGAUAUGGAUGUGGACGGUAACGGAAAGGAUAGGCCUGCCAUGAAAACAGAUGGAUGUAGCAAAAAUUUGGGGCACAAGGAAGCUGCAAAUGAGAUUUUGGAGGGAAAUUCUACGGUGAAGAGCUAAAUUUAUUCUGCCCCAGAUGGAGGGAACAAUUUUAUUAGGAUAUUGUGCAGGUGUUCUUGGUGAUUUUCCUGUUAAAUUUACUGACAGUUAGAGUGAAAACAACAACCAUUUUGACGUUGAAAGUUAUGGCGUCUCGAUUCGCUAGAAGUGGCUGCUAUUCAUGUGACAUUUUCCUCGUCUAAAUCAGGGAGAAACUGCAGCCAUUUGAACCGGAAAGAAAGACAGCAGCAUAUAAUCAGAAAUGUCUUCUGUACCUGUAUUUAUUUUUAUUUGUUCUUCAAUUAUUGUUUCAAAGUGUUUCUAACUUCACAUUCUUCUCCCUCAUAACUGUUCCGUGUCAAGAACUGAAUUGGGGUUCACUGUUCAAAUGCUCUAACAGGAUGUUUGUUUUGUCGAGUUACUGUAAAUGCAUUGUCAAAAAAAAAAAAAAAGGAAAAAAAGAAAAGAAAGAGUGGAUUUGG